UUUUUUUAUGGGAUAUGGAGCCCCUUUCUUUUGAAACUUCAAUUUCAAGAAAAGAUUUUUACGAGUCUAUGACGUCGCUUGCAUUUUUUUUCUGUUUGUGUAGUUUUCCCCCUUUUCUGUUUGUUGGACUCUACUUCCGCUUUAGUUUAUGUGGUGUGUCAAUAAAAAUGUGAAAACUUGUUUGCUUUGCUGCUUGGUGAAAUGGUUGAUAUUUGCAGCCGAAAACUGCUAUGUUACGGCAAAGACAUCAUGAUUGAUCUACUAGUGAAUAUAUUAUUCUGUUUAUGACUAUCUCAAACUAACCUUUUCUGUUGGACUAAUAGUAUCAGCCUGCUUAUUGAAUUACUGUGAAGGCAGGUGUGAUUCAAUGAGAAGAAAUUGAAACUGAUUUGUUUUGUCAGUCGUUUCGUAUAUACGUUUUAAUCUUUGAUACGUUUGAGCAACUGGUUCUCUCGCGUUUUAAUCUUUGAUGGCUCUUAUCUUGUGACUUGAAAGAAAGAGUUCCCUGUAAAGGAAGGGGAUAAUAACUUGUUCCCAUAGAAAAUAUAGGAACAUGAAGAUUGAAUCAGAACUAUCGACAAAUUCUUUCCAAGUCCUUGCUCCCGGUUGUUCAAUCAUUUGAUAACCAGAGUCAUUCUUUGAUAAAUGACAAUAACCAGUUGUGCUUGCCCUGGAUAACAUGUUAUGUGCAUUAAGCCAGAAAGUGUGUUAUGGAUCUCCAAUAACCCAACAGUAGCUUGUGCUUGCCUUGCUAUAGCUUUCAUUAGAUGAUUAUGAAGACCAACAAUUAUUUGCACGUGUUCCACUUUCCUGAACUUUCAAGCUCGACAUAUCAUGAUAUAUUUUGGUCUUUCGGUUGCAUCAAUGACGUGGAAUAUAGUCCAUAUACUCUGGAGAACAUUUCUACUGACACCUUUUAAGCUCAUCACUGUAUUUCUUCAUGAAGUGAGCCAUGCAAUUGCUUGUAAGCUUACAUGUGGUCAGGUAGAAGGCAUCCAGGUUCAUGCAAAUGAAGGUGGCGUCACUCUAACACGUGGUGGCAUUUAUUGGCUGAUCUUGCCGGCUGGAUAUCUUGGUUCAUCAUUUUGGGGUAUGGUUCUUGUACUUGCAUCAACAAAGCUUCUCACUGCAAGGAUUGCUGCUGGUGGUCUUAUCCUUGCCCUUGUUAUUGUCUUCUUCAUUGCCAAAAACUGGACAUUGCGAGGGCUUUGCAUCGGAUUUAUUGUGUUUAUCGCUAUCAUUUGGGUGCUGCAAGAAUUAACUAAAGUUCGUAUUCUUCGCUAUGUUAUUCUCUUCAUUGGUGUUAUGAAUAGUUUGUUUUCUGUCUAUGAUAUAUACGAUGAUCUGAUAUCUAGAAGAGUCAAUUCGAGUGAUGCUGAGAAGUUUGCUGAACUUUGCCCCUGCCCUUGUAAUGGAGCUGCGUGGGGAGUUAUAUGGGGAAUGAUAUCCUUCAUAUUUCUUUCGGCAUCAAUAUAUCUUGGACUUGUCAUCUUGUCGUGAGGGUUCAGAAACUUAGUUCUUGAUCAUGAUCCAGCGCUGUACCUCGUGAUCUUGAACCGUACAGUUUGUUUACUAGAGAGCAUCAGAUUCAUUUCUGGCCGUGUACAUCUAUGGCCACAUUCUUUUCUGUUGAUUCUCAUCCCAGCUUCAUCAGAUUCUAAUCUUGUUUCCUACCAGUAGUAUAUCAUUAUUUAGAUGUUUGGUUAAUUCUCAUUCUUUCCAAUUCUGAUUACCUCAUCUUCAAUUAAUUGCAAACUUGUGUGUU